AUGAAGAGACUUGCUGCAAUCUUCCUUUGCCUGGGAGUCUUUUGGGCUCAGACUUCUGCAUUGGACACCUUUACCCUGCGAGAUCCUGUCAGCAACUAUGUCACUGGGACCAUGACCAUCCACAGCGAGGAGCACAUCGUCGAUGUCCACGUCCGCUCUGGCGUGUACUCCUCUGACACCAUUUUUGACUACAGACAUGGGUAUAUUGCAACCAGGUUAUUUUCACGCAAUGCCUGCUUUAUCAUGAAAAUAAAGAAGGAAUUAAUCCCAGAGCUGCGGGAGAUCGGACGCCUGGCCUUUGAGAGAGAGACCAUGAAGGAUGUAUACUCUCCAAAUAAUGUGUGGGUCCAGUUCCAAGCUGGCAGUUCCAGGCUGGGGCAUUUUAAAGACUGGAUCCUCUAUGGGAAGCACAUUGAAAAUCUCUGCACAGGGCUGCCUCUCUACCAGCUGGUGGCCACUGAACCACCAGCAGAUGGUGAUGGCUGUGCCAGUGCCGGGAUUCCAAGCAUUUUGGGCCUUCACAUCUGUGAAGAACUCAUUGCAACUGGAUCUUGACAUUUCUAUUGCAAGGAAAUGCCUUUUUGCAUGUUUUAGUGAUGGUAGCUAUGUUCUCCAGCUGGAACAGAACUCGGGUACAAGGCUCAGCCUGCCUAUCCAAAGCUUUGAUGCAGAAAAAGCCUAUGACAUACAAAUAAAUAUAGUGCUUUAAUAAAUAAAUAGCAUGCUUUGUCUGUUUCUUCUACCCAAAAUCAGAACACAGUGACAGUGGGCCUUGUGGGUCGCCCUGCAGAAAAAACAAAUUUCCCUUUGGUCCAUUCCUGUGCUGGGGCUGCAGUGUGGCCCAGACAUUGGUUUGUGCUUCAUAAAGAGAAGAAGCAGAAAGAGAAUAGAUUUUUCCAGUGGAGAACUUCACUUUGGCAUCAGCAUGCUCACCUUAUGUGAGAUGUCUGGGGGAGGGAGCAAACAGGUGAAUGAAGAUAAAGGGAGGGAACUGAUCCACGUUACCCACAUUUGCAAAUUCUGAAUUCUGCAGGGCCAGUGGAAAUUUGCAGCAGUUUGAAUGAGUGCAGUGGGUCUGAGAGUUUUUUAUUCUGGGCAUUUUCCAAGCCUGGGUAGAAGACACUGUCCCAGCCCUAAAAAAAUUGUGGAAUAAAGCAAAGAGCUGUGACCACUUGUUGAGUGUCCCACAUGCCUUGGAGAGGCUUUUGUGUGAGGAGCUGAUGGAAAUGCAGGAUGGGGCAAUGCUGGGGCCACCUGCCUGCUGUGGCAGAUCCCAGGGAAUGGCUGAACUCACACAUACUUCCCUCCAGGGCUUGGAAGGGGUGUGUGUUUUGGGCAUGGACACUGAAUAGUUACUGUUUAUUGGAGCCUUGAGUGGCUGCUAGAGGGAAAGAUUUGGAGCAAAAUGGCCCUAGGUGUGCAGUUCAUUAUUUUCAAAUAACAAACCAGGCUCCUGGUCAAACCAUCUACUAUUUAAUGAAGAGCAUUUCAUCACAAGGUGAAGCUGUUCCUU